AUGUUAACGGGGCCUUGGCUUGAAGCCGAGAGUCGUGUAGAUGGAUCGCGUUACGUGAAACUUGACCAAGAAGAGGGAUUUGACCACGAAGCUUUGGGGAUUGUAUUGGAUAUCAUUCAUGGCAAGACCCGAAGGACUCCGCGGUUUGUGGAAUUGGAGAUGUUGGCAAAAAUCUCGGUUUUGGUAGACUAUUUCCAAUGCUACGAGCCUUUGGAGAUCUUUGUCGAGGUUUGGGCCAAGGAACUCAGCGAUCCGCUUCCAGCUUUACUGGACAGAGACGUUGUUUUCUGGAUCCUCAUAAGUUCGGUUUUUCACCAAAAGGCGAUAUUCGAGUCUGCCACACGAAUAGCAAUCCUGCACGGGGCUAGUCCAAUGUGGACUUUGACGCUUCCCAUAAGUGUCAACAUAAUUCAGGUCGGGCGGGGCGGUCGAGACAACGAGAUCGACUUUCCGUCCGCGCUGGACCGCGCCAUUAAGGGCCUCGCCACCCGGGGUCAGUUCUUUGAGUGUGGGCCAUACAUCUGGCCAAGGGGCUUCCUAAAAGCCUGCCGGGACUGCCAUGCCUUCAUCGACAAGUAUGUGACAAGACAGCGAGCCGGCGCGCAAGCUGCAAACUAG